CUCUAACACUUAGCUGGCGGUGAGGUGUGUUAUGUGUUGCUGGCUGGCUACCUUAGGUUAGCUGCGGUUAGCUUGCUAUGUCGAAUGGACAAUGUCACGUAACUGUUAUCAGAAGCUUUGAAAAAGUUUCACACCUGGGUGGUCAGCACAUUGAGAGAAGAGUAGAAGAAAUAUGGCCAUGUACACAGGCCUAAUCAUUAGUAUGAGAAUUUCCUUUAGAUACGAAGAAAUCAAAGUUAUAUAAGGUUACAGUAGGCUAAAUGGUAUAUUUGAAUGUUGGCUACAACACUGUUAAGUGUCUUUGUAAAAGAAAGAGCUUGUAGAAUUCUAGAAAUAUUAUUCCCCAUGUCAAAUAAAUAAACACUGUGUCCGUCACCGUAUUUUAGAGUGGCUGCUAACGGAAACGUCCCCUGCUCAAUUUAUAACACAACCUAUAUUGAUAAUAUUAUUUUUAAUAAUAUUGUUUAAUUUAAUUUGAUUUAAUAAUAAGCCUUGUGCCCCUUCACUGUGAUAUAAUAAGAGUAUACCACAGGAAGUCUUGAGUUAUUAAACGGUGACCAAGCAUGGCAUAAAAGAAAGUGAUAGACUCACUACAAUUUGAUUUGGUUUUAUUUCAUUAAUAGACAUGUUUUAAUGAAUACAAAAACUAGUCCCACCUGGCUUCGUCGCGGAAUGAUGAAGAAAAGGAAUUCGAUGUCAUAACACCGGCCCUGGGCUGUAUACGCUCAUUAUAACACUUCUGUGAACCAAUCAGAUCGUUUGACUUGAGCUCCCCUUUUUCAAAGGCCCUGCCCGUUUUAUAAUAACCGACCAAUAACCAUUUUUUCGAAUUGGUGUGAUUAAAAGUAGCAUUUUAAGGCAGCACCAUAUAGUCCUGCCCUACCAGGAAGACUGAAGAGAAUCUGAAGUAGGCUUCGCGCAGCAGUCUGGACAUUCCUUUGGAGUCCCCUUCUUGAAUCACUGCAAUACAGCAACAGGGGUGAAGAGGCCAAGAAAGGAGGAAAUCCCAGCUGCAACAACUGUUUACCAGAAUGGACAGCCAGGGGGUGGGGGAUUUACUGGAGGAGUGUCUCAGGGCAGUAGCAGCAACUCAAGGGUCCACCCAGCCCACUGAGGCAGAGAGGCUGAACUACUGUAGCUGCAGAGACUCGCUGUGUGCAGAACUUGCCUCUCUCCUGCAAGAGGCAACGGAAAUGAAGUGGCCCUUCGUGCCGGAGAAGUGGCAGUAUAAGCAAUCAAUCAGUGCCAAUGACAAAACCAACCUCAGUGACCUCAUCAGCAAGCACCUAUCUCAGCUACUGGCUGUCCUAAAGGCUUCCAUCACAGCUCGGGAGGCACGCACAGCCCUGGCGGUGGUCUUCUUAAUCGACCGCUUCCUCUACUGGAUGGACGAAUCCAGCCGGCUGCUGAAGAUUGCCAAGCUGCUCCACAGAUGCUACCCUGACACCCCUGUGGCCCCCCAACUGGUCAUACGACAGGCCAGAGUCUACCUUAACUCUGGCAAACUACAGAAGGCAGAAUACAUACUGAGCAGUCUCAUUAACAAUAGUGGAGCCACAGGUUGUUGGGCGUACCACUCUGAAAGUGACAGAGUUCUUGUGCAGGCCGUCAGUGUUCAAGUGCGUGGAAUGACGUUGCAAAAGCUAGGUCUGUGGCUAGAGGCCGCAGAGCUGAUCUGGGCUUCUCUGGUUGGCUACUAUGCACUUCCUCAACCAGAUAAAAAGGGCAUUGGAACCUCUCUUGGCCUACUGGCCAACAUAUUGGUGUCUAUGAAUGAUGAGGACUUCCACUCUUUUAGGACUAAUCCAGAUAUUGAUUUGUCUUUACUUGGGGACAGGAGCCAUCGUCUUCUUUCAGCAGCCCAGGCAGCUAAGAUGGCGGUGGUGUACAGCCAGUACACUUCACUCUAUGUGUUAACCAAUGCGGUAACUCAAGGAACCUGCUUGUUAUCGUACAGUUUCUCAGUGGAGUGCCCAAACUCUCAAAAGAAGUCUAUCCUUCUGCAGGCUAGAGAGGCUUUUGAAAUUGGCCUGCUCACCAAAGAAGAGGGAGAGCUGGUCACCAGCAAGCAGGAGCUUCACAGCUUCCUCAAGGCUGCCUAUUCCCUCACUGCCGCGCACAAGUGGCUUGGCACUCCUCAGGAUGUCGAGGAGCAGGCAACUCAAGCUUGCCAGACAGCUUUAGGAAAGUUCUAUGAUUACUGCCAGGCAGAUACCCAGGACAAAGACGGCAUCUGUGCCGAAAUCAUGCAACUGGUCGCCAGAGUAAAGCUUCUGUUGCAGGUGAAGCCUUUCCUUAAUUCAGAAAAGGGGUCUUUUAUCCCUGACAGCUACAGAAACAUCAAAGACACAUCGGUAAAUUUCACUGUGGAACGUUUCGCUAAGGUGAUGCAGAGAUUCCAAAAGUAUCAUGAAUCACUAUGUGAGACAACCAGCCCAAACUGUAAGGGGACUAAGGACGAGAUGGACGGGGCGAAGCUAUGUAUCACUGCACUGGGGACAACCAUUGGUACACUCAACGCAGAAUGUAGCACUGAGGCUUGCAAUGUGUCAAAAGAUACACCUAAAGGAGAGGAGCCACAACAGAGGGGAUCAAAUCCAUCUGCUGUGCACCCACCUCAGAAGUCUGACCUGUGUACCACCCUAGGAAGCACAGAUAACCUUGGCUCUUCAUGGCAGAACUUCUCCUUGAGUAGUUCAGGGUCUCCUAGGCCCAGCAGCAGCGGCUACACGGGAAAUAUUGCCAUUGAACUUGAAGCAAAUGCAAGCAACCAGCGCUGUCUGACCACUGAGGUUGACGAUGACAGGUCAGACAGGAUGCUAUCCGCGGGAAAAAAUAAAAACAAGAAGCGAGACUUACAGGGCUGGAACUCUAGUGUCAGUUCCCAUACUGUCCCGAGAUCUGCAAUACCUGCCACAUCCUCCUCCAGUGCGAGUAGUGAUUCAGAGAAGUUUGAAGUGCUGCAAGCUGAAAUAGAGACACUGGCCACUGAGGACGAUUGGAUGACUCAUGUUGUUGGUGUGCCGAUGAAACUGCCAGAAGCUGAAGGAGCAGCACGUUCCUUAUCCCAGCUAGCUAUUAGGACAUCCUCUAGCUCGCUCGGUGACAGUUUCAGUUCCCAGUCAUCAUGGGAGAAAAUCUCAGCUAACCUGAAUUCCCCCACAAACAGAAAACCUCAGCCGAGUAGCCUGUCAAAAGCAGGAACCGGCCAAGGCAGUAGGUCAUCAGAGUCAGAUGGGAGCUUCUUCCUCUUGGAAACACUUGAUUCAGAAACCAAUAAUUCAGCUCAUGAUCAUACGCACAAAAAAGACACAUCUGGAUGGGAAUUUAGAGCCUCAUCCACGCCACAACCUCUGGAGAGCCUUAAUCUUUUGCCAAAUAUGGACACCGAAGAUAUCUCAGCAUCUGUAAAACCUGCUGCGAAAAACUCCUUAACAAUCCCACACACAAACCCAGAACAAUGUGCUCCCACCGAAACCUCCACAGAGAGUUCAUUUGAGAUGCUGGAGGACGAUCAAAGUGGACGCCAACGCGGUGAAGGUACUUCUACAGAAAAAGUGAAUGCCCUUCAGAGGAAGAACCCCUUGUGCUACAGCUGCCAAAAGCACAGCAUAGUAGCUGGUGUUGUUCCUGAGAGACAGUAUUUGUUGUCCCAGCAUGAUUACCAAGCCCUGCUGGCUGGAGUUUGCCAUGAAUGUCUGCUGAAGAGACUUCACAGUGAGAAGACACAGUUCAAACUCAAUAAACACAGAACUGCCCACAGUGCUCUUCAUUUAAAGUUCUCCAAAGCCACAGGCCUGUGGACAGCCAGGGAGACCUGCGUUUACAUCGGGGAGCCAAUGGGGAUGCAGGGCAAGCAGAGAGCAGCAAUAUGGGUACAGUUUUUACACCAGGAAGAAAGGUUAAGCAGUUAUGUGGGUAAAGAUUACUUGAAGCCAAAGGCGAUCCAGUUCCAUCUGAAAGAUGUGGAGCGACAGAUGACAGCCCAGUACUAUGUGACUGAAUUCAAUAAGAGUCUUUACGACAAGGAAGUCAUGGCUCAGAUCUUCUUCAUUCCCUCGGAAGCACUACUGAUUUUGAAUGGAAAUGAGAUUGUGGGCUGUGUAACCGUGGAGCCCUACAUGCUGGGAGACUUUGUCAAACUGACAAACAACACUGGGAAGAAGAACAAGAGUUUCCAGGCUACAGAAUAUGGCCUUGCCUUUGGACACUUUACCUACCAGUUCUCUGACUGCCAGGAAGUUGUUGUAGACCUGCAAGGCUGGGUAACUGCCAGUGGCAAAGGGCUGACCUACCUCACUGAUCCUCAGAUUCACUCCACCAAGACCCCUAAAGGUCCCUCCAACUUUGCUGCCAGAGGCCUCAGGUACUUCCUAGAAGAGCAACAUGGACCACAGUGCAACGGGAUUUGCCAGCUGCUCAAACUGCCUCCAGUGGACAGAAAGCCUCAAGUUCUGCCCCAGAAACUUUGAGAAUGUGCAGAUGUGUUUGUAUGUGGGAGUGAAAAGAUAAUGUUAAAUUAUGAGUAACAAGCUAUUGAUGCAAGUUUACAUAUUUCAAAGUUUACAUGAAUCAAAUCCACAACUGACAUAAAUUGUAAAGUAUCUCUUCUUCUUCAGCUCUUCUGGUACCUUUUAUGUAAACAGGGUGUGAGGUUUUACAUUUUAAAUUGUUUAAAAUGAUUUAUUAUUAAAUCUGCACAAUGUAGGAGUUUUGUUACCUGGAUCAACUCAUUCUGUAGUUUACUGAAAGAGGACAGAGUUGGAUGACAUUUAAAUUAUUGGCCUAUGUGGUGUUAGAAAGGUGAUUAUUUCUCCAUACUCUGAAUGAUAAUCUAGUCUGUGAAUUACAGCCGCUGAAUUCCAAGAUAAGUUCUAUUUCAGUUUAGCUCCUGCUGCAAUAAUUAUAAAAUACUUGUGUUGUUUUGUUUUGGUAUAAAAAUCUGCCAACAUCAGUAGUGGCUUUCAACAUGUAUGUCAAAUGUAAGCAGGUUACAUAUUAAGAUUUAGUCAUCUUUACUCAAACAUAAUGGGGUAGUGAUUUGGUGCAAGUCACUACAACAAAUUCAAGACUAUAAAUUCUAUAAAUCAAAAGUACUUUUGUUGUAAUGUUUACUUAAGCAACCUUAAGUCAGUCAGUCAGGUGACUGCUGUACACCUCUAGAUCAGUUAACCUUGUUAACGUCAAGGUUUCUUUAUCAUUGACAAGCAUUUGUUAAAAGUUGUUGAUUAUCUAACAACAGAUUUUGAAAACAAAGUCUUGUUCUCCUGCUAUUUUCCCAUCAAACCUGCAGCAUGAUUGAGUCCGAAAAGGAAAACACACCCAGAUUAAUGUAGCCACUGUUUUACUCAGUGAUGGUGAUGUAGGAGAAAAUGUGAUGUCCCCUGGUUUAUACAUACAGACUGCAUGAUUGCAGGUUUCCUAAAGUGUCAUCAACUUUCUGUGUAAGCCGUUGUUCAAUAAAGUGUAUUUGUUAUGUUUUCGGUAGUUAUCACUGUCACUGACUGGAUUGUUGUCUAACUGGACUGGCAGUGCAGGAAUCACCUGACAAAUGAUGUUGAUUGUAAAGCUGGUCCUUUAGUGGUCAGCACUGCAUACUGUAUAUCUGUCAUUGCCCCUGUGUGUUAGAUAUUCAGCUUUGUUGCACACAUUGUUUACAAUAAAAAUAUUUAAACUUGUA